AUGGAUUUUUGUGCUCCUGGAACUUUCGGUGAUGACUGCAACUCGUUAUGUCACUGUCGAAAUGGACCGUGUGACUAUGUAACUGGUGAAUGUACUGGAGGAUGUCAACAAAACUGGACUGGGAUAGCGUGCAGUGAAUGUGUUUCUGAUCACUAUGGUCCUCUGUGUGAGAAAUCAUGCUCUAGCAGACACUGUGAUGAAUCAAGUGCGUACUCCUCGUGUAGUAGGGUGACUGGACGAUGUGACAACGGAUGUACAGCAGGAUGGAUGGAGAAAGACUGUACAGAGAUCUGUGCUUCUGGAACUUUCGGUGAUGACUGCACCUCGUUCUGUCACUGUCUAGAUGGGCCGUGUGACUACAUAACUGGAGAAUGUACUGGAGAAUGUAAACAAAACUGGACUGGAAUAACGUGUAGUGAGUGUGAUUCUGAUCUCUAUGGUCCUCUGUGUGCAAAACCUUGCUCCAGCAGACACUGUGAUGAAUCAAGUGCUAACUCCUCAUGUAGUAAAGUGACUGGACGAUGUGACAACGGCUGUACAGCAGGAUGGCUGGAACAAGACUGUACAACCAGUAAGAUCUAUACUAAAAUAGCAUAG